ACUUCUGUCAUGCACGAUGAAAAGCGCUCCCAAGCGGGCCAAUGCGUCUCAGCGGGCCGCUCAAACUGGGACAUGUUUUCAUCCCAGGGUUUAUAAAUACCGCCGAUUUAAAAAAGGAAACAGGACUGCGAAGCAGAGCGGGGGGUUCGCUGUUGAAGUAUUCCCCCGAAGGACUACGAGGUAAACGGAUAUUCUAUAGGGAGAAACAGGCACCGGCGGGCCAGGAUGGACCAGCGCAGAUCACAGAGAGAGCAGGACGGCUACCGCACACCUUCCGUAUCGGAGCUCCAGCACCUUCUGCUGGACAACAUGAGUCCAAGAGGCCCGGUCAACCAGGUCUGGCCCAACAUCUACAUCGGCAAUGCGGCCACGGCGCGUGACAAGUCCACCCUGUUCAACAUGAGGAUCACGCACAUCGUGAACGCCGCCCACGGGCCCUACCACGUCAACACGGGAUCGCGCUUCUACACGGACAUGAGCGUGGACUACUACGGCGUGGAGGCUGACGACUGCUCCGACUUCAACCUCAGCCCCUACUUCAACCCCGUCGCCAAGUUCAUACGGGCCGCCCUGUCACAGAGAGGAAAGGUGCUUGUGCACUGUGCCAUGGGGGUCAGUCGCUCGGCGACCCUGGUCCUGGCCUACCUCAUGAUCUGCGAGAACCUCACCCUGCUGGAGGCCAUCAACGCGGUCCGGAGACACCGAGACAUCUGCCCCAACGCGGGCUUCCUGAGCCAGCUGCGCCGGCUGGAGCGCACCCUCGCCUGGGAGAGGGACUACAAGAUGGCCGCCUACAAACCGUGAACAAGAAUCUACAAACGCAUAAAACGAAAACGUACGCGCCAAGGCAACCAAUCCAGGCGGUCUGAUGGGCCUGACCAGCAUCGUUUUACAUAUUUAGCAUUCUACACUCGGAGAAAAGGGGUCUCCGCUCGACAAACCCAUUUUCAGUUCUUUAUGGAACCCUCUAUCACAGGUGUGAAGUGUGAAAGCUCCCGGACAAAGAACCCUUGACCUAGAUGGGGUUCUUCUAUGGAAUUCCAUGGUUCUAUGGUUCUUCCAGCAAAAACUGGACAAUCAAGGCAAUCACUCCAAAUGGUUUGAUGGUCAGGACAGCCUUGUUUUACAUAUUUAGCCAUUUAUAUUCCAUAUUUAUUUGACGCUUUCAUCCAACGUGACGCACAACGUAUAUGAGUAUCAUUUGGAUGCAUUUCACGCAUUUUGUGUAUAUGGGAUUGCCUUUCAAUGUGUGCGAGUGUAAUUUUGGAUUUGUUUGGGGUAGAUUUUGGAGUGAUUUUGGGAUGAAAAUGGGUACAAUUCUGGAUUCUGGAUUUUCGGAUGUGAGGGUUAAAUUCGGGUUUACAUUUUUAAGGGCAAGAUUCACUAAACACAUGACCAAAGAUGGUUUGUUUAAAAAAAAAUGGGAUACUUAAUAAAAAUACACUUUAUAACAGUUCAUAAACCUUCACCAACACUACAUAAACAUUCAUAAAUGCUUAUGUCACUAACCACAAAAAGGCAGGUGGUGUGUUACUUAGUGUAUGCUUGAAUUGUGCCUAUAAAGGUGCUAGUGUACAUACAGCUUAAGGAGAGACCCAACCCCUUUGUAUGAAUAUUUUUUGCGUGUGCUUAUUGUACUGUAUGUGUUGCCAAAAAUGUCUCUUGUACCUGUAAAUGGUCUUAAUAACAUGAGCAUUUUCAGUGACAGUCUGGGUCCUCUUGUGUAAUGUACCUCUGGAAUCGGUUGCUGUAAUUGAGUGCGAGUUCCGGACAAUGUUUACUGUGUACAAACAGUGUAUGUGUGUGCAUGGAUUAAGACAUUUUCCUUUUUCAAAUUCAUGACUGAUGACUGUUCAGUGUUGUACAUGUAAAUUUGGAUGCUGUGUGAGUUAUGUUGCAAUGAAUGUUGUAUGUUUGUAUUGUACAUUUGUAAGUCGUUGCAAAAAUAAAAAUAUACUGUACAAUUAA